AUGAAGACGAUACUGCUGACUGGCGUGACUACAGCUACCUCUGCCUCGCAUAACCAAGAAACUACACCCCCAGUCCCUGUGAUCGACAAUGUUCUAAACAAAUUCGAAUCAGUGACACUGGACUCGACAGAAACUCCCGCCUCCCACUCUCCCACCGCCCAACAGACUAGGUACCGUUACGCCCGCUGGAAGGCCACUCAAUAUCCUGGAGACAUUAUCAUAAAAGAGUGGGACGAGUCGAUCUUGGACGCGCAACUGGCGUGCGAGAUCAACACGAAGACGGGCGAGAUCUCGUUCUUCACGGAUGGUGCCUUCGCCAGUGGGGAGCCAGGCUCAGGAGCGGCCGUUGUGUGGCGCCCUCCUGGUGAGCUGCAGGAUUGGUGGGAUAGAGAGUGUCGCACUCUCUGGGGCAUCAACGAUAACAACGAGGCCGAAGCAUUUGCCGUUUGGUUGGCGCUUCGUGUCGCCUUGUGGAUGCAGUCCAUGAAUAUCAAUAUCACUCACAUCAACAUAUUCACGGACUCCAGGACUAUUCUGAAGCGGGUUGAUUGGCAUUCUGCUGAUGACCGCCUGGUCACUCAUGUCAAUCCGCUUGUCAGAUACACCCAAAAUAUCCACAACUAUACAAGGGCACUGAUGGCCCAAGGAAUAAAAGUGACAUUGCGAUGGGUAAAGGCCCACAAGGAGAAGGAAGAUCCCAAGUGGGCAGUGGUUGGUAAUAUGACGGCGGACCGGUUGGCCAAAGAGGCCAGACCGUUGGUUCCACUACUAGGUGGACAGGCUUCCGGUGAAUCAACUCACUCAGACCUCAGCGGGCAACAAAUACGCAAACUCUAA